AUCUAAGUAGGAGUACUUUUGUACUUUAUGCAAAAUCCAAAUUAAGAAAUUGGAGGAGAGCUUUUAGCUUUUUGCAACAAUAGAACCCAACAAAGGAACACCAAGUCAACCAUGAAGUCUUCCUUAUCUCCUUUCACACUUCUAUUGGAUGAUAUUCUGCAACUUGGUCGGACAGUUAGGCUCAAUGAUUGCCAUUCAUCUUCUUGAGAGUUGCUGCUGCUGCUGCUAAUGCACAAUAGACUCAGCUCUCUCUCUUCACUCUCUUUACAAAGAUCAAAUUUCAAUGGCAAAGUUUAUUUACCAUCUCCUUCUCAUCAAGUUCCUUUAUCUUCUUCUUCUUUCAUCAUCUGCUUACACUUCAGCAACAAAUUACUCCAUAAACUGUGGAUCAGAGUCCACCGUUAGUCUUCUUGAUGGCCGGACUUUUGUUGGUGAUAAAAAUUCUGAUUCUUUUUCUGCAGGAAAUGGUGUUUCUAUCAGCAGUGCUUCAGUAUUAUUACCUGCAGGUACUUCUCCUCUCUAUCAAACCGCAAGAAUUUACAGGCAGCCAUCAUAUUAUGAGCUCACAAUCGCCGAUAAUGGCACAUACUUGUUACGCUUUCAUUUCCUCGCUUUCAGCUCCGAAGGGACUAAUCUUUCUGAUGCUUUAUUCAGUGUUUCCGCUUCAAAAUUCUUGCUCUUGUCAAAUUUUAGUGUCAAGAACACUACUCAUUUACCAGUAAUCAAAGAGUUCUUUCUAACUAUCAAUGCAGACAAGUUCAGAAUUUACUUCAAACCUGAUACAGAGACUUCUUUUGCUUUCGUUAAUGCCCUGGAAGUCCUUAUUCUUCCUCAGGACAUCAUCAAGGAUGAAUAUGCUGUUGCAGUCCCUCCCUUAGGAACCGUAAAUGGUACUUUCCUGCUGUCCAAUGCUUUUCAGACAUUAUAUAGAAUAGAUGUUGGACAGGACGCUAGAAUAUCGAAUGAUCCCUUCUGGAGGGACUGGGUGGGUGAUGAUCCUUAUCUAAUUCCUGGGUCUUCUGCGAAAAACUGUACUUUUUAUUAUGGUAAGCUUAAUCAGGCUCCUGGAGCGGUUGAAGACAUUGCCCCUGAUCUCGUGUACAGGACUUGCAAAGAAGUGAGCAUGGAUAUUGGUGGGGCUUCAAAUUUUUCUAACAUAACUUGGAGUUUCAAUGUGAGAAAGAAAGCUAAGCUUCUUGUCCGCCUUCACUUCUGCGACACAUUCAGUGUUUCACCUGGUACUUUAAAGUUUGAUCUAUACAUAUAUACAAAGUUUAAGUGGGUUAUUGAUCCUUCCAACGUUACUGCUGGUACUUUGGCAGCUCCAAUUUUCAGGGAUUGUGUCCUUGAAUCUGAUGAUUCUGGAUAUGUGAAUUUCAGUAUAGGCCCUAACGUUGAUUCUGAAAAGAAAGAUGCCUUUCUACAUGGAUUGGAGAUUAUGGAGUUUCUGAUGACAAAUACAAGCAUGGAUUCAGACCAUCUCCUAUUCGGACAUCCAAGCAAUCGUCUCAAUCUUGUAAUUGGUUUGUCAGUUGGGGGUGUGGGUUUGAUUUCCAUUUUGAUAAUCUUGUUCCUAUUUGGUCUGAGACGCAGGAGAGCUAAGCCUGUUAAAGCUUUGUUUCUGAAAGAUGUCGUUCCUCCAGGGAGAGGGAGGCCUCACAGUUGGAUAACUUCAGCAACUGUCAAUUCCUCCCCUGUUCCAAAUUUGAACCUCAAGUUAAAGAUGCCUUUCUCUGAUAUAAUUGCUGCUACCAGGGACUUUGACAACGAGUUGUUGAUUGGUGAGGGUGGAUUUGGCAAAGUUUAUAAAGGAACUCUUCCCAAUGGAAUUAAGGUGGCUGUUAAACGAAGCGAUUCAAGCCAUGGCCAGGGUCUUCCAGAAUUCCAGACUGAAGUUACAGUCCUAUCCAAAAUUUGCCACCGUCACCUUGUUUCCUUAAUUGGGUACUGCUAUGAAGGAUCUGAGAUGACGCUGGUUUAUGAAUUCAUGGAAAAGGGGACUCUGAGAGACCACCUGUACACCUGGAAGAACAACUCAAAGGCUUCAUCUGUACUACCAAAAUUGACUUGGAAACAAAGGCUUGAAAUCUGCAUAGGUGCAGCUAAAGGUCUUCAUUAUCUUCACACAGGUUCUGAUGGAGGAAUCAUUCACCGAGAUGUUAAGUCAACAAACAUCUUGCUAGAUGAACAUUAUGUGGCAAAAGUUGCUGAUUUUGGUCUUUCACAGGCAGGCCCACCUGAUCCAGACCAUUUCAGAACGGGUCUGAUUGGAAGCUUUGGCUAUCUUGAUCCUGAAUAUGUGAGAACUCUUGAGUUAACUGAUAAAUCAGAUGUCUACUCAUUUGGUGUGGUACUGCUUGAAGUGCUUUGUGCUCGACCUCCUAUAGUGAACUCAUCCAGGAGGGAGGAAAUAAACUUAGCUGAAUGGGCGAUGUUGUGGCAAAAGAAAGGGCAACUAGAAAAAAUUAUGGACCCUUCACUGGCUGGUGAGAUUAAUCCCAACUCACUGAGAAAGUUUGGUGAAAUAGCUGAGAAGUGCUUGGAGGUUGAAGGAGCUAAGAGGCCUACGAUGCUUGAUGUGUGUUGGGACUUGGAAUAUGCAUUGCAGCUACAACAAAGUGCAGUCCCCAGAGAACCAUACGAGGACAGCACAACAGAUGUUUCGUCAGCUUUUGUGAUGAGUUAUAACAGUUUCUCAAAUGAAGAAGGUUGUUUGCAGAUUGGUGAUGACGAUGAAUCAGACACGAAGGCCAUGUUCUCCUAAUUGAUGAUUGAUGAUCCCAGUUAAUCUCCACAAUCAGCACUUAGAUGCAUUUUACCAUUUUGCAUCCAUUACACUGUGCUUGGUUCAAUUCGGAUCCCUAAAAUUUUAUGAUAUUCAAUUGAAUUUCAUGUUUUUGUAUGUUUUACUUUUUAGAAUAUAAUUUUAGGAAUUGAAUUUCAUGGAACUGCUUAUAACCGAAAUCAAUUCCUUCAAAUUUUAAUGGAAUUAGUUGUUGUACGCACAUUAUUCGAAUAUUAAAAUAUUUUAUAUUA